AUGGACUGGGGAAGUCUGCAGGCCGUUUUAGGAGGCGUAAAUAAACACUCAACCAGUAUCGGGAAGAUAUGGCUCACAGUCCUGUUCAUCUUCCGUAUCAUGAUCCUGGUUGUGGCUGCAGAGAGAGUCUGGGGAGAUGAACAACAAGAUUUUGUCUGCAACACGCUUCAGCCUGGGUGCAGAAAUGUUUGCUAUGAUCACUUUUUCCCCAUCUCUCACAUCAGACUCUGGGCCCUGCAGCUGAUCUUUGUUUCCACACCUGCGUUGUUGGUGGCAAUGCAUGUAGCUUACACCAGGCAUGAGAAGAAAAGGCGAUUCAGAAAUGGUGAGAAAAUUGAUAUUGAAGAGCUGAAAAAUGAAAAGAUUCACAUUCGAGGCCCCCUGUGGUGGACAUACACCAGCAGCAUCUUCUUCAGGAUUGUCUUUGAAGCAGUCUUCAUGUAUGUGUUCUAUUACAUGUAUGAUGGGUACCAGAUGCCUCGCUUAGUGAAGUGCAAUGCAUGGCCCUGCCCCAACACAGUGGAUUGUUUUGUGUCUCGGCCCACUGAGAAGACCACAUUUACUAUUUUCAUGCUUGCUGUGUCUGGAAUCUGCAUGAUGUUGAAUCUGGCCGAGUUGUGUUACCUAGUGAUAAAAAUUUGCAUGAAAGAAUCCAGGAAAACAACGGUUUUAAAAUAA